AUGGGCAACAUUGCCAGCAGACCGGAAGAUGGGGCAUAUCUGAGCGAUCAGGAACGAUUCUCAAUCGCCAGCCUCAAUGUCACCAACGCGCGCGGACAGUCGAUAUUGCGCAUUUCGCCCAACGCCUUCCCAGCGAAUCGCUUCAGCGCCCACCGCGAUGCCACAGCAGCCGGCGACGACUCGCCGAUUGAGUUCAUCCAGGACCCGGACAGUGUGACACCAGCCUUCCUGGUGCGAUUGAACAACAAUGAAGAGCUGAACUUCCACUUUACAUUUGUCCUGCGCCAACAGAUCCCCAGCGCGGGCGGGAACAAUGCCGUGGACACCAACAUCUCCGGCUUGACGUACAUCUUCGCCUCUACACCCAAGGAAGUGGAGAAUUUGGUGGUUCGCGAGUUCCAUUCGGAUCCCAAUCUACACAAGAAUGCCAACGUGCAGCUGGUGGGCGACUACAGCACCGGUGGCAGUCAGAGCGUACAAUCCAGUUGGAUGUGGAAGUGGCGACCCCCAAAGGCGGCCGAGGAUAGAGGUGGUGGAUGGCGCAACUGUUGCAGCUUUGUCGAGUAUAACCAACGCGCACAUCGCCUUGACACGCUCGCCAGCUUCAGCUUCUGGGUGCAAAACACACAGCGCCUUGCCUCUAACCUGCCCAAAUCUCCAAACCUCGAGAUCAAUCUGCCGCCACGGCUUAGAGUGCCUUCUACACAGUCGAUCGAGUCGAGAAUCAGCAACAUCAGCAACAUCAGCGACUCUGACGGGGAGGGAAGCUACGGCAAGAGUUAUGAUGAACCUCAGUCGCCAGUCAUACCAUUCCAGCCGAUUCCCGAGAAUGGCUUGGGUCUCACCAACAUCGCCACCUCUUCGACCAUCGGACCCAAAAGGGUCGACUUGGCGGCGUGUAAGCCGGGCGAGGAUCCAUCGCUUAACGAGGACGGGCCUUUGUUCAGAGCUACUAUGAGAUCCCUCGAGCAAAAGACGGGCAACAUGCGGAUACGCAUGAAGAGAGUGCUGAAGACGGCAGAGGCGGCACAAGCGGCCCAGACCUUGUGCAAUCAAGCAGUCGUCGACUUUACCCAAGCGUUGAGGGAAGCCUCCGCCUCCAAUGCCAACGCGGUACAGCCUGCGCUAGAGCAUUACUUUGAGAAGAUCUCCAAGGAAAUAUUGCUAUACGAAAAGCAAAACACCAUCAAUCUGCAGAAGCUGAUCAUCGAGCCCGUCAGCAAGCUGUACAAUUUCGAAAUCAAACAGGCCGACUCCAAGAAGCGAGACUUUGACGAAGAAAGCAAAGAGUACUACGCGUAUGUCGGCAAGUACCUCGGCCAGCGCAGCGAGUCCGUCAAAGAGAAGAAGCAAAAGCAGAGCGAUGAGAAGUAUCAGUCGAAGCGCCGGACGUUUGAGCUGAAGCGCUUCGACUACUCCUCCUUUAUGCACGAUCUACAUGGCGGGAGAAGAGAUCAGGAGGUCCUGUCGCAGCUGACAAAGUUUGCGGACGCGCAGGCGAAGAGCUUUCUUUCAACGUCGAAGAAGAUUGAAGAGAUGGUGCCGCAGCUGGACGCUCUGGUCGCAGAGGUCAAGAUCGCAGACCAAGACUUUCAAUUGCAGAGAAAGGAGCGGGAGGAGAAGCGUCGCAUGCUGGAGACGAGCACCAAGCUGAUGGGUGAGGAUGGCAAUGUGAUGCCACCUGGUGGAUUGUCAUACUCUGCAUCUGUGAGAGACUCACUCCGUCCCACGAUUGACAAUGAAUCCACUCGGUCGAUCAGCAAUAGCGGAUACGCUUCCAUGAUGCCAACCCCUCUGCCCGAGGUGAGAUCACCGGCAGUGCAAGCGCCCUCGAACGGAAUGCUCAACACGACCGCAAGCACUGCCACAUCAGCAGCACCCAGUCCGAACGAUAAGUUCAAGGGUAUUCGCGAUCUUCAAGACAACAGUGGAAUGGUACAGAAUGGUGGGACGCAGCGGAAAGAAGGUCUGCUAUGGGCAUUGAGUCGACCAGGAAGCCACGUUGAUCCGAAAGGCAUCACGAAACCCGGUUGGCACAAAUUCUGGAUUGUCCUUGAUCAGGGAAAGCUUUCCGAAUACGUCAACUGGAAAGAGAAGCUGGACCUCCACAUGGACCCCAUCGACCUGCGGAUGGCUUCUGUCCGAGAGGCGAGGAAUUCCGACCGACGGUUCUGCUUCGAAGUCAUCACUCCCCAUUUCAUGCGCGUCUAUCAAGCCCCGUCGGAAGACGACAUGCGAUCGUGGAUAGGUGCCAUCAAUAACGCUCUGCAGAGCGCGUUUGAGAAUAAAAGUCAGCACCAGCCCACGACGCCCUCUCCUUCUGGCUACCCUACUUCGCACCGAAAGGACAUUGCCGCAGUGUUGACCGGCAAGAGCUCAUCCUUCUCCGGCCACCGUCAGACUUCCAACCCGAACAGAAACGAAGCCGCCAAAGCGGUGAGCAGACAUGCGACGACGGGCGAGAAGCCAACGUACAAGCGGACCGAAAGCGGAGUGGAUGCAGAGCCGUCUGCCUUGUUACAACGAAUCCGUAAUGCGGAUGAGGGAAACAAGUUCUGCGCUGAUUGCGGGUCUGAGAGCAAAGUUGAUUGGUGCUCGAUCAACCUGGGUGUCCUCUUGUGUAUUGAAUGCAGUGGCAUCCAUCGAUCACUCGGCACCCACAUCUCCAAGGUCCGCUCGCUCACGCUCGAUACGUCGGCUUUCACCCAAGAUAUCAUCGAAGUGCUAUUACUUAUCGGCAAUCGUGUGAGCAACAUGAUCUGGGAGGCCAAAUUGGACCACUUUUUAAAACCUUCACCGCAUUCAACCAGAGAUCAGCGUCUGCAUUUCAUCACGGCCAAGUACAGCGAGCGCACAUAUGUGCAACAUCCAGCGACAGGGCAAGUGGCAGAUGAUUUCCUCCUCACCAGCAUCAAGAAGAACGACAUUCAAAGCGUUUUGCACGCUCUCGCCCUCCGCGCCAAUCCGAAUGUGCAUGACCGAUCGAGAGACACACACGCACUCUUCCUCGCACUCGCUGCAGCAGAUCCUGCCUCCCCUGGCUYUGGUCACUCACCUUCCAACUCUCAUGCAUCAAGCAUACGAGGUGUCACCGGUCCUACCGCGACCCCGCCACAGCCUUCAAGUCCGGUGGUUCCGUCCUCGCGACCGGCUCCGCGUAAACCAUUCGCGGUUGCCGAAGUACUCCUCCAGAACGGCGCGGACAUUCCGGACAAGGCCAGCUGUCCGUUUCCUCUGUCAGAUGCCGCCAAGUUCUACCUUGAUUACAAGAACGAUCUCCGGCAAGGCAAGACUCCUGCCUCCGCUGGUAAGGACUCGAACGGUGAUAAUCUCAGUCCCCUGCCUGCAAUGGGCGCGAAUGGUGGAAUGGGCGUCAACCUCCGCGACGCAGUGCCUUAUCGUGAGAGGGACCGAUUGUUGAAGAGGAACAGUGGUAGCAGUCGACCCAAAAGUCGAGCAAGUUUGAGCGCUGCCGUGGAGGGCAUGGAGGGUUUUGUGAAGAAGUAG